AUAGCCGAAGCCGCACCUAGACUUAAAGUUAUGUAGCUCUGUAGACUUGGUCGCCUCGUCGAACAAGCAAACAAUUGUGACAUUCACGACAACUUCCACUCCGGUUCCCUUUUAUUGCACAACUCCACCUAGCCUCUUUGGGACUCAUCUCUCCCAUCACGAUGGGUCACCUCGUAACUGUCGCGACUUGCUCACUAAACCAAUGGGCCCUAGAUUGGGAGGGAAACGCUCAACGUAUCAUCGAGAGCAUACAAAAAGCCAAAGCAGCUGGUGCACGGCUACGUGUCGGGCCAGAGUUAGAAAUAUGCGGCUACGGAUGUCUCGAUCAUCUGAUGGAGCAGGACCUCUACCUACACUCCUUGGAGAUGCUUAGGCUUAUCCUCCUUGAUGAGAGUUGCCAUGGAAUAUUAUUGGAUAUAGGCAUGCCUAUCCAACAUAGGAAUCAACGAUUUAAUUGCAGAGUCAUAUGCCUCAACUCUAAGAUACUCAUGAUCAGGCCUAAGAUGUGGCUUGCAAACGACGGAAAUUACAGGGAAAUGAGAUUUUUCACCCCGUGGAUGCACCCGCGAGAGGUCGAAGAUUAUCACCUACCUCGUAUGCUCCAGGAAAUCCAAGGGGCUAUACAUGUACCAUUCGGCGAUGCCGUUAUUUCCACCCCGGACACUUGCAUGGGCGCGGAGACUUGCGAGGAGCUCUUCACUCCCGCAGCACCUCAUAUUCCCAUGAGUCUCGACGGUGUCGAAAUAAUCACAAAUUCUAGCGGGUCGCAUUUCGAACUUCAGAAACUUGAAACUCGACUUCAGCUGAUAAUGGAGGCUACUCGAAAAUGUGGAGGCAUCUAUCUUUAUGCUAACCAACAGGGUUGCGACGGUGACCGGUUAUACUAUGAUGGUUCGGCCAUGAUUAUUGUGAACGGGAACAUUGUUGCCCAGGGUUCGCAAUUCAGUCUCAACGAUGUUGAGGUGGUAAUAGCAACCGUAGACCUAGAGGAAGUCCGUGCCUACCGAUCAGCUAUCUCUCGAGGCCUACAAGCCGCCAGCUCCAAUGCGAAGUAUAAGCGUAUUCAAACCACAUUUGAGCUCAGCUCGGAGGAAGACGAUUUCGACGUCGGAAAGCGUCCAUCGCCGCCAAUAAAGCCCCGGUAUCAUACGGUGGAAGAAGAGGUUGCCCUCUCCGCAGGUUGUUAUCUAUGGGAUUAUCUGAGGCGUUCCGGCGUAGCAGGAUACCUAGUCCCUCUAAGCGGGGGCAUAGAUUCUUGUGCUACGGCAACUAUCGUUUAUUCCAUGUGCCGUAUCGUGAUGGACGCUAUUAGAGAAGGAAAUGCUCAGGUAAUUGAAGACGUUAAGAGACUCGCUAAGUACAAAGGUGAAGAUAUUCUUCCUGAUACACCCCAAGAACUUUGCAACCAGAUAUUCUCAACCAUAUACAUGGGCAUGAAGGCGCAGAGUUCCCGCGAGACGAGGGCGCGAGCGAAGAACUUAGCAGAAGCUAUAGGGAGCUAUCAUGUUAACCUAGACAUUGACAACAUCUAUAAUGCCCAGAAGGCACUAGUCGUUAACACGCUCAACUUCGAACCGAAAUUUAAGGUCCACGGCGGCAGCCAGCAAGAGAAUCUCACGUUACAGUGUCUCCAGGCGAGAAUUCGUAUGGUUACGGCCUAUGAAUUCGGGCAGAUCUUGCCGACCGCUCGAAGUAGACCCGGCGGCGGAAGCUUGCUUAUCCUUGGAAGUGCGAACGUAGGAGAAUCUCUACGCGGCUACCUAACAAAAUAUGAUUGUUCAAGUGCCGACAUCAACCCAAUCGGUUCCAUCGACAAAGCCGAUUUAAAACUUUUUAUAGCAUGGGCCGAGAAAAACUUCAGCUUGCCAUGCCUACACGAUUUUCUCACUGCUACGCCGACUGCCGAGCUGGAACCUGUGACGGAAACGUAUGUUCAGAGUGACGAGGCAGAUAUGGGAAUGACCUAUGCCGAGCUCACGAUUUUUGGACGCCUGCGCAAAGAAAACAAGCUGGGACCUUUUGCCAUGUUCCAGCGACUUGUUCACGAUUGGAGCGCUGAUCGCGACAAGGGUCCUGACGACGAUGCCCCCGAGUACACGCCCGCCCAGGUAGCGGAAAAGGUCAAGCGAUUUUUUCAUUUCUACGCGAUUAACCGCCACAAAAUGACAACUCUCACGCCUGCUCUACACUGCAAUCCGUAUUCUCCAGAUGAUAACCGGUUCGACCUCCGACCCUUCUUGUAUCCCUCGUUCUGGAAGUCGUGGUCAUUUAAAAAGAUCGAUUGGGAACUGGAAAAGAUUGAGAAGCGCAUGGCGAAGAGAUGACCCUGUACCGAAUAAGCUAGCCUUUUAUUACAUGAGAUAUAAAAUAUAUCGAUUACAGAGCUG